UGACGACUGAAUGAAACAUUGUGGGGCCUGCUUCCAAACUGGAUUUUAGAGACAGGUGAUUGUUUCUUCCAUUUUUGGCAGUCUCGCGAGAAAUCUGGUUCCUAAGCGUCGGGUGUCAGCUUUCUAUGGUCUGAGAUCAUGGAUACGAAAAUCGUAUUUCUUCUAUUGUUAGGCGUUUUGUGUCGACAAUGUCGAAGCGAAAGCGCCCAAGGAGAAAUUGGGCAGUUUUUGGAACAUUAUAGUAAGAAGGGAAGUGAACUGGCCACUCGUCUUAGUGUUGCCAGUUGGAAUUAUGCCGUUAACAUAUCCGAUUCGAACUUGAACAAAACGCAUGUGGUGAAAACCCAGCUGCGAGAAUUUGAGGAGCAUAUCUUGGAGCAAGGGUCAAAAUUUGAUCUGAAGAGCCUUUCCGAAGAUGAGCAACGUCAGUUCAAAUUCAUCAUUUCAAAGCCUUUGCCACAAGAGGAGCAAUUGGAGUUGUCCGAAAUCAUUAGUGAGAUGAGUGAGAUUUACAACACUGAGGAAGUUUGCUUCAACAAAACUGAAUCAGGAGACGCGGAUUCAAAGUCAAAAUGCCACACAUUGUCACCAGGAUUGUCAAACAUCAUGAAGGAAUCGCUGGACUUUCAGGAACGAAAACAAGCUUGGCAGGGAUGGAGAGUUCAAGCGGGUCGGAAAAUGAAGCCUUUAUACGAAAGGUACGUGGAACUGAAGAAUCAAAAAGCUCGCUUAAAUAACUUCACAGAUCAAGGAGACCUAUGGCGCUCUAAUUAUGAAACUGAAACCUUUGAGUCAGACGUCAUGGGGAUGUAUGAGGAGCUCAGACCCUUAUACCAAGAACUCCACGCUUACGUCAGGCGUAACCUCCAUUCCAUUUACGGUGAGGAUGUGCCACCAAAUGGAACCAUUCCCGCAAAUGUUUUGGGUGAUAUGUGGGGACGAUUUUGGAACAACUUGUAUCCACUAAUGAUUCCCUAUCCAAAUAAACCCAACCUUCAGCCUUCCAAAGAAAGGAUGGCCUCCCAAAAUAUGACGGUUGAAACCAUGUUCAAGACAACAGAGAAGUUCUACACCGAUAUGGGAUUUGAGCCUCUAUUUGACAGCUUUUGGAACCAUUCGAUGUUCAAAAAACCUGAAGAUGGUAGAGUGGUCCAAUGUCAUCCCACGGCGUGGGAUUUCGGAAACAAACAGGAUUUCCGAAUCAAAAUGUGCGCCACCGACUAUUCGUUCCACGAUUUUCUGACCAUUCAUCACGAGAUGGGACACACCAUCUACCAGAUGCAAUAUCGGCAUCUACCCUAUCAAUUUCAACGAGGUGCCAAUAACGGCUUCCAUGAAGCCAUUGGCGAGCUGAUGGCCAUGAAUGCAGCCACCCCCAGCUACUUGUACAAACUUGGACUGAUUGAUGAACUCGUGGAUGACGAGGAAAGCGAUAUCAACUUCUUGUUGAGUCAGAGCUUAAUUACUAUUUCCACCUUGCCCUUCCAUCUUGUCAACGACGUGUGGCGUUGGAGAGUUUUCAGCGGAGAAUUCCCCCAAGAUCAAUGGAACAACGAGUUCUGGAAAUUGAAACGUGAAAUGGUUGGAGUUCACCCACCAGUUCCUCGAACCCCCAAGGAUCUGGAUCCACCAACCUUGUUCCAUAUCAAUCAGGACUACACCAUGAUGAGGUACUUCACUCGAACCAUUCUCCAAUUCCAAUUCGCCGAGGAGUUGUGUCGAGAGGCGGGACAUGAAGGCCCAUUACAUCGUUGUAGUUUUGCUGGGUCGAAGGCCGCAGGUGCAAAAUUGGGAGAGAUGCUCAGUUUGGGAGGCAGUGUUCCUUGGCAGGAGGCCCUGGACAAAUUUGCAGGCAUCAGGGAGAUGUCUGUCAAACCUAUUGUGAAAUUCUUCCAGCCCUUGUACGAAUGGUUGAAGAAGAAAAAUAUUGAAAAUGGAGACAUUGUGGGAUGGUGAAAUGUAUUACCUCAUGUUGAAUGCCGUUGUCUGAAGAAGUCACGGAAUUCGAUGGAUGCAAUUACUUACUUGGAUCAGUUAUAUACAUGAACAUUUUCAAAUAAAUCAGUCGAUUCUUUUAAGAAUUGCAAUUGCAAA